GCCCCGCCAUGGCGCCGCUGGCGGACCUGUACCAGGUGUCCAUGGCCUACGGGCACUGGCGGGCCGGGCGACACCGCGCCCCGGCCGCCGCCGAGCUCUUCUUCCGCCGCCCUCCCUUCCGCGGCUCCUUCGCGCUCGGCGCCGGCCUGGCCGAGGGGCUGCGGGGGCUCCGAGCCUUCCGCUUCUCCGCUGCCGACGUCGCCUACCUGCGCUCUGUCCUGCCCAGCACCAUCGACGACGCCUUCUUUGACUACCUGGCCACCCUGGACGCCUCCGAGGUGACCGUCACCGCCAUUCCCGAGGGCUCCGUCGUCUUCGCCAGGGUGCCAUUCCUGCAGGUGAAGGGGCCGCUCCUGGUGGUGCAACUGCUGGAGACCACCUUGCUGUGCCUGAUCAACUACGCCAGCCUGGUGGCCACCAACGCUGCCAGAUUCCGUCUCCUCGCCGGCCCGGACAUGAAGCUCAUAGAGAUGGGGCUCCGCCGCGCGCAGGGGCCGGAUGGAGCCCUCUCAGCAUCCAAAUAUUCCUACAUUGGGGGCUUCGACUGCACCAGCAACAUCCUGGCGGGAAAACUCUACGGAAUUCCCGUGCGCGGCACCAUCGCCCACUCCUUCAUCAUGUCCUUCAGGUGCCUGGAGGAGGUGCAGCCACGGGAGCUGCCACCUCGGGCUGGAGGAGAUCCCGUGGAUCUGGCCGGCCUGGCUGUGUCCUGGCUGCAGCGGGUUUGUGACCUGCUCCAGACUCCUCCCAGCAAGGCCAACCAGGGUGAGCUGGCCGCCUUCGUGUCCUAUGCUGUCACCUUCCCCUGUGACUUCCAGGGAUUACUGGACACCUAUUGUGUCAGGAGGAGUGGUUUGCCCAAUUUCUGUGCCGUGGCCUUGGCACUGCACCAGCUGGGAUACCAGGCCAUCGGAGUGCGCCUGGACAGUGGGGACCUGGCCCAGCAAUCCAAGGAAAUCCGGGGAGUGUUCCAAGCCUGCGGAGCUCACUUCCAGGUGCCCUGGUUUGGGACCAUCCCCAUCGCUGUCAGCAACGACAUCAGCGAGCAGAGCCUGGAGGAGUUCAGGAGGGAGGGGAGCGAGAUCAACAUGAUCGGCAUCGGGACCAACCUGGUGACGUGUCCCCUGCAGCCAUCGCUGGGCUGUGUCUACAAGCUGGUGGAGGUCAAUGGCUCCCCGUGCCUGAAGCUGACGGAGGAUGAGGAGAAGAUGACAAUCCCGGGGAUGAAGACAAUCUAUCGGCUCUAUGACGCUGCUGGUCACCCCUUCAUGGACCUCAUGGCCCUGGAAGAGGAGCCAUCACCCAGUGCGGGGCAGGAGCUGGGGAUCCGUGUCCUGGGGCGGCUUGAGGAGACCACCAAGGUCAUUCCCACCACCGUGGAGCCCCUCCAUCGCACCUACUUCAGGGAUGGCCAGGUGUGUGAACCCCUGCCCAGCCUGCCUGAGGUGAGGACCCAUGCCCAGGUGUCCCUCAGCCUGCUCAGCCCCGCUCACCGCCGGCUCCACGAACCACAGCCCUACCCGGUGGCCGUGACGGAAAGGCUGCACCAGCUCUUCCUGGAGCUGCGCCAGGGCAGCCUCUGAGCGGGUCCCUGCUCAUCCCCAGCUCCUGCUCCGCUCUUUUUUGGGAAGCCCAGGUGCCUCGUUAGGAAUUAAUGGCUCUAAUUUAGACUUUUCCUCUGCCGGGUGCUAACCCAAGGAACCUGCAGGAACUUGGGAGAGCACCCUGGGGUCCCAGUAGGGAAGCUGGGAACACAGGGAUGGGGAAGGCAGAGCUGUCCCUGCAUCCCCUGGAAGUGACAGUCCUGUGCCCAGCUUGGUGGCCCUGCCAGCCUUGUGCCUUAUCUUGGUGGCUCUGCCACCCUUGUGCCUUCUUUGGUGGCCCUGCCAGCCCUGGAGCUCCUUGGUGGCACUAGAACAAAGUCUGGAGUGCCACCAAAAGGGUGACAUGGGACAACCCAUGACAGACACUCUUUGCUUUGGCAAUUCCAAGCUUCAUCUCUGUGGCCACAUUCCAACUCUUUCCAUUCCGGCCAAAUUCCCUGGGAUGUGGUGGUUGGCUCCAGGUUGAUCCCAGCUCCAGGGGUUGAUCCCAGCUCCAGGUUGCCACCUGCACUCUCUAACCCCUGUUCCCACAGGAAACGUGGCUCUAACCCACACUGAGCUUCAGACUAAGCAAAAAAAUUAAAAUAAAGGCCUUUUCCCAC